AAGAUCAUCAAGCAAAGCAACGAACUUUAACCCAAACCCAAAUACUAUAAAGACACAACAAUCCCACAUCGCAAAAAAAUGGUACCCACGCUCUGUUCCAGAGCCAGAGCAACCUCGUCCUUCUCCACCCUCCUCUCUUCCUCAACACUACGACGCCGUUUACCCCUAGUCGGUGCUGCGUUUUGCGUGCUCAGCUUUGGCCUCUCCAAUCUCUGCCUCUCCUCUUCUCUCAAAACGGGUUGUGCUCAGUCUCUCCCUUUUGUCCCUCUCUUACGAUCUAAGUUUGGAGGUGAAUCGCCAGCUAAGAGUGUACGUACUAUUAAAAUGGAAGGUAGUAGUGGCAACACUGUGCCCAGCAUCGUUGUCUAUGUAACUGUCCCUAACAAAGAAGCAGGUAAGAAGUUGGCAGAAAGCAUUGUUAGAGAAAAACUUGCAGCAUGUGUAAACCGAGUACCAGGUAUUGAAUCAGUGUAUGAGUGGAAGGGAGAGAUCCAGACAGAUUCCGAGGAACUUCUUAUAAUCAAGACUAGGCAGUCCCUUUUAGAAGCUCUGACAGAGCAUGUCAAGGCAAACCAUGAAUAUGAGGUGCCAGAAGUAAUUUCUCUGCCCAUAACUGGUGGCAAUCUUCAGUAUCUAGAAUGGAUCAAAAACAGCACGAGGGACUGAAUUCCUCUCUCAUCAAGAUGUUGAUGAAGCUGUCUAAGCAUUUGUUGCAAGUCUCAAGCGUUACCUUUUGGAUUGUAUGUGUGGAUGGAAUCUGAGUGGGUGUGUAUAUGACCGUAUGUAGGUGUGUGCCAUAGACUCAAAUAAACUGGCGUGUCAUCUCUGUAAUUUGGCAAUAGAAAUCAGUUGUUAUUAUGAUCUA